AUCAUCCUGCAUCUAGGGAAGUUGAUACAGCGACUCUACACCCCCAAGCUUUUGGGGCUUUUUUCUUCCCACCAAGUGCCAUCUAUGGGCUUUUGCCGGAGAGGCACGUCAUCCUCACCAGACUAGACAUCUCUCAAUUAAUCUAGUGUACCUACAUGGCAACAAUGCUACAAACGGCAAAAACCGGCAUUCCCUAACAAACGCAAGAGAUCAGGCCAUCGUCAGAUGUCGGAAACCACGCAAACACUCGGAAGGAGCAGUCGUUUGUCUCGAAUUCGCAGCUCCCCGGGUUACAGUCCCGGCGAAAGAUCGUACGACCUCUUGCUCUUCCAAGGUUGCCAUCCAUUUUCCUGCGAUGCACCUAACGACCACGGGCGGCCCCGCAUCGGCAUCCUGAGCUGUUGCUUAGCUUUAGCUUUGCCCUGAGCUCGUCUCCCAGCUCCAGACGUUUCUCUUUCAUUCUUCUCUUCGCACUGUCUCAUUUCAUAGAGCGCACAACAUGGCCGACACAGUCAUCCUGGGAAGCGGAAUCAUUGGCCUGUCGACCGCCUACUAUCUUUCGCAAUCGGGGAACACACCUCCUGAGAGGAUCCACCUGGUCGAUCCCAUCGCCGACCUAUUUCACUGUGCAUCAGGCUUUGCGGGUGGUUUUCUAGCUGCUGAUUGGUUCGCCCCAUCCGUCGCUUCCCUCGGCGCCCUCUCCUUCAAGCUCCACAAAGAACUCGCAGACAAACACGAUGGGAGGAAGUUGUGGGGAUAUAGUGCAAGCACGGGUAUAUCCUACAGCCAGUACUCAGACGAAGAUGCAGUUGGUGGGAGUGGGGAGGAUUGGCUCUUCAAUGGGAGGAGUAGAGCGCAGGCGGCCGCAGCGGCCGCGGCGGAGUCGCAGCCAAAGGCCGACCAAGAGGGACCGGUGUGGUUGAAGAGGAGCGAGGGGGCCACGCUGGAGGUGAUUAGCCGAGAUGAUAGCACGGCGCAGUUAGAUCCGUUGAAAUUCUGUCAGUUCCUGCUGGAUGAGUGUCUGAAGAGAGGGGUUAAGCUGCAUCACCCUGCGAAAGCUGUGGGGGUGACGAGGGAUGAGCAGAAUCAGUUGAUUGGGAUUAAGAUCAGCCAGGACGGAUCAGAGACUGAGCUACCAUGUUCACGAUUAGUGCUCACAACCGGCGCCUGGACUCCACGCCUCUUCUCAACCCUCUUUCCCGACUCAAAUACUUGCAUACCCAUUUCCGCGCUAGCAGGGCAUUCUCUCCUCCUCAAGAACCCGCAUUUCAAAGACACGGCAACGGAAGAGAUGUGCCAUGCCGUAUUUGCAACAGACACGCUCGGCUUUUCACCGGAAUUUUUCUCCAGAAGUGGUGGGGAGGUAUAUCUUGCCGGGCUGAAUUCGAUGCAAAUACCCCUCCCUGAGGUACCCACGGAUGCGAAGCCGAACCCUGAGGCAAUCAAAAAGCUGACGGACUGUGCGCUGGCGAUGAUGGGAACUGUGGAGGGGAAGGAGGUGGAGACGACGAGGGAGUCGCUUUGUUUCCGUCCGGUGACUUCGAGCGGACGGCCUAUCGUAGCUAGGAUUCCCGACGCGAGACUUGGUGGUCGACUUAAGACGAAACCUUAUGGAGGGGUUUUCAUGGCGGCAGGGCACGGUGCUUGGGGGAUUGCGCAGUCUUGCGGCACGGGCUUGUGUAUGGCGGAAUUGAUUGAGGGGAGGAAGACGUCUGCGGACAUUUCUGCUCUGGGUCUGCCUUGAGGCGGUGGUGCAUUAGUUUGGCGUUGCGGAUAGACUGGACGUUGGGCUGGGUUGCGGGUACUGUGGGCGUAUGCUGCACAUGGCACUGGAUGCUCAUGGUGCCAGGAGGGUCAUCCUCUGGCCAAACUUUCUUUCUUCCAGCAUGCGGUUGGCA